GACAUCCUCAUGUUCACCCACUAACAUUUCGAGAACCGCGUUGCGAUAGGUCAUUGAAAAAAAAAAAAAUCAUUUUCCGUGGUGUUCUUCGUCCGCGCGUCCGUGCACGCGCGCGCUCGCGUGUCAGUCACUUGCGUGAGAAUCAGAGACGACAGGUGAAGACAGUCAGGUACAACGUUACGUCGUUUCGAUCGACCGACAGAGAUAACGCGUUUCAAACAGUGACAAAGUAUAUACAACGUGUACCGAACAGAGUGAUCCGCAAAUUUCCCCGCGUUUAAAAACAGAGUUCACCGGUAAAAUAUGCGGAGGUAUACGAACAAAUCUGUGAAACUCGUCCUUCCAACCCUGAACUACCCUUGACGAUAACGUUCACCUGACGCGAUAAUUUUCGAGAAGCCUGGAGCUGCUGGGGUGUCAUCGAUUAUAUUAAACGAUAAUAAUGAACGAACUAGCAUUCUUGAGCAACGCAACGGCGAGGACUAUGCGGAGUUAAAGCUAUGCAUGCUGUAUCAUCGGGUGGCAGUAGGUCGAGCGCGAGUAUUAGGUCGGUAGGUCGAACAACGCGAGCGACCAUAAACGGUUCAGGAAGGGGUCAGCUACACGUCACCACACUGGAUCCGCGCUGCGGCGGCGGCGGCGUCGUCGUCGUCGUCGUCGCUGAGAUACCGUCAACCUUUACCGGUUACCGUUACCGUACCCCAUCGGCUGAUCGUUCCCUUCUUCGAUCGAUUUUAAACGAGAAACAAUAAAAAUGUUAACACAGCUUUACGAGGAUUGUUACGUACUCCGGUCGGAAAAUGGAUUCAUUGUUUUCCUUUAUCGCGCUGGGUAUACAUGCGUAUAAAACAAGCGCGAUCGAUGCACUCGAUGAGGAUUCAGUAGUGAAGACUUAAAUUUAGAUGACAGGGUAGCUACUUGUAAAAUCGAGGCAAAGAAUCAGCGAUGGUGUUAUGGAGGCCGAUACGUACGUGUAGCGGUUUAAAUUUAGACAUACUCGGGAGUUGUAAGAGAAUGUUCCAACGAAACACUGGACGGAGAAUAAAUAGGAGAAGAGUAGAAACGAGUGUAUGAGGAAUUGGGGACAAAUGUGAAGAAAUAUCGGAACUGUGAAAUUAGAUGAGCCUAAGUCGGAUAUCUCGUCUAUCGGAGGGAGAUUCUGUAGCACUGGCAGCAGCAGUAGUGAUGAAAUAACGGGUGGUUGGAUCUUCCGAAGAGGACCGGCGGCGGCUCCGGCGGCGACGGGUGAACCAGCGAAAGCAACGAAUGACGAGCACGAGGAGGAAGCGUAAGAACAUAGAAACGUAGAAAAAAGAAGUUAGGAGGAAGACGCGAAAGAGAAGGAGAAGAGAGGGAAACGAUUUGAAAGCAUGGGAGCGAGGCAUCGAGAAAAGAGCAGACGAACGAGCGAUAUACAAUUCGAAGAGAGGUUCGAUGCGGCAAAUGCGGCGAAUGCGUUGAAUGCGCUGAAUGCGACGGUAGGCAACGUCAUGCGCUCUGAAAACAACCGCAACCCCCUUUCGGAGGGUUAGGUGGACGCGGGGAGUUAGCGAGCGCACGCGCACAUUUAAUCGGUUUCCUCGAACUUCCGGUAGCGGAACAGAGACGUUACCUCUGGUAGUCGGAAAAGGAGGGAGUCGCAGAGUGUCCAAGUUAUGCAGUGUUGCUUACCACCACGUAGGGGGUAUAACACUCGCCGUCUCUCACAAUAGAAACCUUUAACAUUUUUCCACGGAAUUAUUUUCUUAUGCGUUUCAGUGUAUUACGUUUAAUUAAAUCGUGUUUCCCUUUAUUCGUUGAGGGAGCUGACCGAGUGUCUACCGAGUUGUGCACAGUGUAACGAGUUCUCGGGACAUAACAAUAUUCAAACAAUUUUCCACGGGUAUUUUUCGUUGCAGCCAGUUCGGUGGUAUUUUCCUUUCCGCCCUCUCGACCGUGUAUCUUCCCUUUCUUCGUUUCGUUGUUCCUCGUCCGUUCGUUCGUCCGUCCGUCCGUCCGUUCGUUCGUGCGUCCGUUCGUUCGUUCGUUCGUUCGUUCGUUCGUACGUCCGUUCGUUCGUUCGUUCUUUCCAUGGAAGGACACGUUUCUCAGUUGGUAUCUCCUGUAUCGUGAAUCUCCGACACGAAGAUCGAUUCUACGGAGAAAGGUAUUUCCGAUAACGCACAGGCUUCAACACGGACAGGUACGGUUGAAGGAGCAACGAUUGUAAAUGAUAGCUCGUAAACGGUAGCGCCGAAUGUUUCACGUAUCACGUAUUCGUAGACAACGAAGAUCUCGCGGUUCAUAGACAAAGUCGCGAAUAUCCAGUUCGUAGAUCGUAAUAAGGAGCGUCAAGUAUUCAAGUCGAUCAUCAACGGUGGUGUACAUAGAUGGAAACGGAAACGGAAACGGAAACAGAGAUAGCAGCAACAUUGUUGAUCGAAACGGGACCGCAACAACAGUCGAUUCAAAUAACGUCGUGCUACAUCGGCUUAACUUGCGAAGUUAUCAGUUGGACCAGUGAAUAAUCCGACGGGAGAAGUGGAUUCUUUUUAGUGACGACAUUAUCGUCAAGUGUACGGCCACCGAAGUUAAUGAUCAUCGCACGCCCUACCUCUCUAUAUUUCUCUCUCUGUUCCGCCACGAAUCAAAUCGUAUCCACUAUCCACCCCACAUAUCGAUACUCAUAUCGACCACCGCUCGUUUUGACGUAACGGCGUGUACAUUUUAUUAAAUAAAAUAAGGAGAAACAGACAUUUCCGUGUCGAUUUUAGUGUUUUACCGAUACCGCGAUACCGAUUUACGGAGACACGUUUUACGAGCUCGUACAUACGCUCGGUACUUACCGAGAUUAAAUUCCGAACAGUUACGUUCGUCUUUUAUUGUGUGGUGCCUAAAUAAUACUAAUUAAAUAACUUAACGUAAAGAGAAGAAACUAGUGCCUAUAUAACACGGAAUGCGCAAUAAAUACGCAACUCGAAUGCUGUGACUUGAAAAAGAUAUAGAUACACGUACGUAUGUAUCGAGAAUCUAUCGUAUGUAUUUGUAUACCGGACCAAUCCGUCAAAUCGAAUUGUUUGACGCGCGGAUCAGUGCUGCAGUGCAGAUAUAAUCGACUCGAGAAAGAGACGGAGACGGAGAGAGAAAGAUCAGAUCUAGAUUCGCUCUAAUUUCGAUUUCGAAUCUCGUCGGACACGCAAUUUAAUAUCAACUACCAGCUCGGCUAGACCAUGGAACGAUACGUGGAAUGCGAUCGAUUCGUUGAUGAAUAUGGAUGUUGAAUUCGAUAAACGAUAGUCGCAACGAGGUCGCUCGCGAUUUCCCGCGGGCUCAACUGAAACGUUUUGCGAGAUUUCCGUUCUCCCGAAAGAUCCAAUCUCUUCCAACCUUUUUAUUUAUAAUAUCGUUAGAGAUACAGAGCAAUGUCCCGUUUAAUGUUGUGCAAUCUCGCUAAUACGUCCACUGCAGGAAAUGACACGAACAACAACGCGAACACGAACAGUAGCAUGGAAGAUGACGACUACUAUCCGCUGCCCACUAUUUAUCGCUGCCGUGCACCUAUAGCGAGUCUGGAUUGCAUGGAAGAGUUUAACGGCGGCGGAGGAGGCGGAGGCGGCGGCGGUGGCGUUGGCGGCGACUCCGGGGUACAUUGCAAUACAGCUGGAACGAAGGAACAGCUACUGACUAACUGCAUUGCCGCACAAGCGCAACGCUUACAGCAUCCUUCGCCAGGUAUUCGCUACCGCAACUUGGGCAAAAGCGGUCUACGUGUUUCCAAUGUUGGAUUAGGUACGUGGACAACUUUUGGCAUAGGGGGUUGCAGCAACGAGGAAGCGGCCGAGGCUGUCGUUGCUCUCGCCUACGACAGCGGGAUAAACGUGUUCGACUUGAGCGAGGCUCACAGCGGGCACAGGGCGGAGAUACAGUUCGGCCGAAUUUUGUUGCGACGCGCUUGGAAUCGGUCGACCUACGUUGUUACCACCAAGAUAUACUGGAAUACCAAGGCGGAGGGACGUGGAUUGUCACGCAAACACAUAAUCGAAUCGGUGCAAGCAUCUUUAGUCAGAUUACAAUUGUCGUACAUCGACAUCGUAAUGAUACACAAGGUGGACCCAAUGUGUCCCAUGGAAGAAAUAGUACGCGCUAUGAAUUAUGUGAUAAGCAAAGGAUGGGUGAUGUAUUGGGGUACGUCUCGUUGGACCCCGGUUGAGAUAAUGGAGGCUUACACGAAUUGUCGACAGUUUAAUUGCGUCACGCCGAUCGUCGAACAGGCCGAAUAUCAUUUGUUCUACAGGGAAAAACCGGAACUGUACAUGCCCGAAUUGUACAAUAAAAUUGGUGUCGGGUUGAUGGCGUGGUCCACAGUUACGAUCGGAAUGGUUUCCUCGAAACCAGACGAUUACGGAGUCUCUUUUUUAUCCAGAUCUUCCUACAAGAAUAAAUAUUCGUCGUUCAGUUGGACAGAAGAUGAAACGCAAUCGUUGUACAAAGAAGACGGAUACGGGUGGAAAGAAAAAUCAACCGACGAGACCGAGACGCGGAAAUAUUCGGACAAAUUGCGGGACGUUUGCGCGCUCGCCGAACGACUCGGUUGCUCAUUCGGACAGUUGGCUAUCGCGUGGUCUUUAAAGAAUGAAAGUGUUCAGUGCCUUCUCCUCGGUGCGUCAAACAUAGAUCAACUAUACGAGAGUCUUCAAAGUUUACAGUUGAUACCAAAGCUGAACGCGAACAUAAUGAGUGAGAUUGAGAGGAUUCUGGAUAAUAAACCGACGCGGCCCCCGAUGAUCUCGACGCUGGCGCUUAGAUGACAAUCAAUUUGCCCCCACGGGAGCGGUGGGGGUUCGUUAGAGGACGGUGGUGGCAGUCCGAAAAGCGAGGGCGCCAACAGCCAGGAUCAAGAACAGACGAAAGAGUUAACCGGGAAGAUACCGUUCUGCGAGAUACAAUAACCACAGAUACAGAAACCACACGUUUUAAAACUGCAUAAAUUUUUCCUGCACACUUUUGACACUGGAUCGGAUCGCGUACGAAUACGAGAUAACUCGUCCAACUACGCAUGGACGGAACACUCGAAUCGAGCCAGAUCAGAGUAUAAAAUAAAAAGAAAGACGAUGAGAAAGACGUUGACGAGAACGAUCGUAUUGCGAUCGAUAGGUAAAUAAAUAUGCGUCACAUAUAUGUACCUAGACACGCGGCGAAGUGAAUUAGAUCAGCCGCGAACGCGAACGUAUGCACGUAUAUUCACGCAAAAUGAAUCGAUGACAAUACUUACCGGUUACGGUUGCGGUUACGAUUACGAUUAUGAUUACAUUAAUCGCGUGUACUACUCGAGAUACGUGCGGAGUUGUUUUUACAGUGGUACCCGCUUACGAUUACGAUUAGUGUGCAUCGAUUCGGGACGUUAUCGUGACGCACACGUUUGACACAUUGGCACCGUUGCAUGUUACAGCCGUACUACGUAUAUCCUGUUCUGUCAGUGCGUACGCGCACGUACAUACGUCGGCGGACUUGGGAAUCUAAUCGUCCUGGAAAUUGUUUAGUGUCUUCUAUCGCUAGUUCAUUCUUGUCUAUCUAAGCGGCGGCGGCGGCGGCGGCGGCGGCGACGUUUGGAAACUCGUCCCUCUUCUUAUACAUAACUAUAUAGUUCUGCCUGCUGCUAGCUCAAAUCGAGGUUGUUCAAGGUCAUUCGAGACCAAUUUGUUCGAGGAGCGUUCUGCGUUCGUGGAAAUUCAAUAAGAAAAUUAAUCUAGUUCACUAUCUAAUAGAGAAUCACGAGCGUGAUACAAUAACGGUGAUGACAAUUAGAAGAGCAUGUAGGGAUAUAAAAGACGUGCACUGAACGGGGUAGAGGCGUGUAAAUACGUGUAAGCGGAGAUCAUUGUAACAUUCACUAAUUGUGUUUUCGAGUUGGCCGAGGGGAAGUAUGACCGAACUCGGAUUUUCUAUGAGACUACCGGUCGUCUGGUCGAAUCUUUGUCCACGAUUCAUUGUGAUCCAAGUGUUCAUUCGAAUAUGUAAAUAGCGCGUGUUAGCAACGUCUUUAUUAACAACGUAACGUUGUUGCAUACAGUUACUUUUCAGCUUGGAACCGUACCAGUCUCGUGCCGUUUUAUCGUUUCACAAAUCCUGCGCUCCGACAUGCAAUAAAUAUUUUUGACUACAACUACGAUCCAUAUAGUUGCGCGAUUCGCACGAGUACCAUUCGACCACCGCGAACGUCGCGGAGGAGUUCACCGUCGAUCAUAAUUGUCGAAAUCGUUCCUUCGAAGAGUCCGCGUCGAACAUCGUCGCUCUUUCCCCAUGUUCGUCGUUAUCAAACAAGUAAAUAACAUAAAUCCACCAUUAACAUAAAAUUAAUUCUUGCCGUUCUAUGCCGUUCGUUAUCAGCAGAGAUGGCUAGUUUGCUCGGGUCAGUUAAUUAGCUACGUAUGUACAUAUAAUGCAUUAUGUAUGUACGCGGAGUGCCUACAUAUCCCGAAAUUACUAAUAAUAAUAAUAAUAAUAAUAAUAAUAAUAAUAAUAAUAAUAAUAAUAAUAACAAUAAUAAUAAUAAUUAUAUUGUUAUACGUAAGAAACAGAAGAAUAAAAUAAUUAAGGUGCCGCGUACACUAGCUAAUUAGCUAGCUGAGCGACUACGUACACAAUAGAUAGGUAAAAUGACGUAGGCAGGUAGGCAAUUAAGUAGAUACGCGUAGUUGGGUACAACUACUUUCAGUUAGAUAAGUAUAUAAAUAACUAGAAAGAUAUAAAAGCACGAACGGCCGGUAAGCAACCAGGAGAAAAUUACAAUAUUACGUAUCGCGCGCGUUUUUUACGCGGUCUGGCAUCUCUCUGCGAAACCGCUGGAUACGCUGGAACGAACAAACGGAAGGACGAUCGACAUCGUAUUUGACGAACGUGGAAACGUUCGUACUAACAGAAAAACAGAGAUUUCGUCAAGAUCGUACAAAGGGAGUUUUUCUGGCUGUACGGUUAACAUUCGAUUCGUCAAGUUAUCUGCGACUGUGUCCGCUACGUCUCACACAAGAAAUGUUUCGGUCUCUCGUAUUCGGUUCUUAGAAUCAAAACCGUCCUUUAGCGAUGCUGAAACCGCGACGCGACGCGUCGUAAAAUUAAUAUAGCAACGAGCGGGUCAGAGCAACUACGUGAAAGAGCGUGAUCUUACUUUCGCAGGAUGAAGAAGAAUUGGGAAGGAGAAUAAGCGCAGGGUCUCUGAACAGUGACGACAAGCGAUAUGUGGGAAUAGGGGACGAUUUUAAUGUAAUUCCAAUUGAUCACAAUGAUUAGUUUUAAAGAUUGCGAUACGAUUAAGCCAUGUCGCGAUUAUCUUUGGCAUUUUUUAUCUACCGGUGCGUACGCGCGCGCGCGGAGAAUAAACACAGCCAAACAAAUAUGAUCGGUAGCCACGUGCACGGGCGCGCGCGCGCGCGCACGCACGAUCGACGAUUAUCGACGACAAGAAGACGAUAAAUACAGAUCGUGUACCGAUCUUCGCAACGCUCGCUACGCUUUUUGCCGAUUACGCUAAUUGUUUAGCGAUUUUUCACGCAGAUUGCCAACUAAUAAAUAUUUUCCACGGAAGUUUUUAUCGGGACGUAACGUACUACUACGUAACGUAAUUAUAAUACUUGAGAACGCGCGUAACGCGCGCGAAAAAUAAAAUAGCUAUUCGAUCCCCAGCCGCUAUGUUAAAGCGCGAGGCGGCAAAGACAUUUCGGAGGAAACACAAUCGAGUCUAAGUUCGAAAAACUCGACUCGAUCAGGGAGAAAAUUAAACAAACUGCCAAAACGUCGACCGUUUUGUCACGAACAGAGAAUCUUGUCGAAAGCCACGGUAAGAACGAUCGUUUAAAAACUAAUUAUGAAAUGCCUCAACUGUGUUCCGAGCGCGAACAAUCCCUCUCGCAGUCGAUCGUGUCGAAAACAAGUCGAUAUGCAACCGUUUCGGGGAAAGGAAAGAAGGAAAAGAACAAAGGCGAAGAAAGAGAGGAAGAUCGGUGAAUGAUUUAUGGCGAUCGGUGGUUGAUUUUAUAGUGUAUUUAUCAGCGUUCAAUCAUAAACCGUAGAUAACAAAAUUAAAGUUAAUCUUACUUUCUGAGUAAAAAUAUAUUUUUAACUCGCGUUUCGUAACUAUGAAUCAUUUUUUCAUCGAUUAAUCAGAUCGAUACGAGUAUCUAUGUAUGGACAUAGUACAUACAUACAAUAUUCACAAGCAUAUCAUCGCUUCGUAGUUACGAAAAGUCGCGCAAGUAGGAAGGAUGUAUGAAAUUCCUGAGACACUGAAUUAUAAUCGUAAUCCAGAUUUAAUAUUACUAAGGUUCCUGAGAUCGAUCGAUACCCGAAUAAUCGGUCUCGAACUCUUUCAAACUCCAUCCGCUUACACUCGUUACGAGCUGCUGAGCGUCGGUAUCUCUUCUCGUGUCAUAUCUUAUUUUAACACAUGAACGCGUUCAAUUGUUUAUGCAACUAUCUUAUAUCGUUAUUAUCUUCAUUUACCCAAUUAAUUAAUAUCGCGAUGGGAAAUGUAAGAUGUGUAUUUAUAUCUAACCGUGCAGGUAUCGCGCACGAUGAAAGGUCGAUGGAAAGCACCAAUUCAUUCGCGAACUGAUUUAAUCAUCGACCGUUUAAUCCAACGGAUGAUCUAAAGACAUUGGAUUAAUAAAAAAUAGGUGGAAUCGACCGAACAAUUGCACGUAGUUCUGUAAUCAGCAAUCAUACGUUUCUAGACGCUAGAUUGUCUAGCCAUAUUGAGUAUUGUAAUUACCAGCGCAAACCGCGCGGUCAACCAACCUCGAGUUUAUAAUAUUACGCGAGAUAAAAACAACGAAGUACACGAUAAUUUUUGAUUAAGAUAACGAUGCUCGACGCGAUCAAGUUUCGUUCGUGAUUAGACCCGAGUCGUUUCUUCGAUCUUGCCUCGCCACCGAAUCUUUUCUUUCGCCGCAACAAGAGAAUUGGGAAAAUGGAAAAUGUCGGCGUUUCAUCGAACUGAAAUCCAAUAAAUCCAACGCUCAUCGUCGGACGAACGCGUAACACACGGGAACUAAACACUAUUAAAGAACAACAAGAUUUUCAAAGUCUUUCGAAAACUUAUACCAAUGUUCUAAGCAAUGUAUCGAGUACUUAGGAGACUAUUUUGAAAGAAUUAUAAAUAAAAAAGAGAAGAGAAAGUA